GUAUCAGCGCUCUUGACUAUCACGAAGCCGCUCAAAAGCGGAUACCCGGUGCAAGGCAUCAUCAACGACACACGCUCCUGACAGGCUCAUAGCUUGGCGCAAUAAGCAUACAGACAGUCAAGUAUUAGUUCGUGAAGCUUCCUGUGGUCAUCGAUAUGGCGGGGCGGCUAUUGAGCCGGCUCGGCCUAAUAGAACUCGGGGCUUCGGCAGCCUGCGCGGCACGGCAGCCUUGGCCGGCCACCACCACAGCUGCGCUGCCCAUGGCGGUUCUCUCGGCGCUACACCCGUGGCGGCUAGCAUGGGUCACACCCUGUGGUGCGCUUCUGCUAUCAACAAGUAGCAGCUCCGGCGGGGCUGCUGGGGCUACGGAGGCCGUGUCCACAUCGGCGCCAUUCGUAGAACCCAGCCCUAGCACCGCCGCGGGUGCGUCGGCCGGAAGCAGCAGCGCUGACAUCGCGGGUCCCUCGGGGGACAGCAAGCCGGACCUCGUAGAAAAGCUGCUGUCUUCAGACGUGCUGGGGAAGGGCGAGCGGCGGCGGUACGAGAGGCAGGCGCUCAUCCGCGAGUUUCAGCGCCACCCGGCCGACACCGGCUCGCCUCAAGUAAUGGUGGCGGUGUGGACUCACCGGGUUCGGGAGCUGGUCAAGCACUUUGAUGCCAACCGCAAGGAGCUGCGGCCCAUGCGCGAGCUGGAGAUCAUGAUGAAUCAGCGGCGGCGGAUGCUGACGUGGCUGCGGCGGGCGGACUUCGAGUCGUACGCCUACGUCAUCAGCAAGCUGGGCCUGCAGGACAUUUACACGUCCGUGGGCAUCUCGGACCGCUACCGUGAGGGGCUGCGCCCGUCCGACCCCGUGAAAGAUGACUCCGUGAACCGCCUGCGCUUCAACUUCCACAAACAGUACAAGCAGAAGAAGACGAAUCUGUGGCAGCGGCUGCGGCCGCAGCUGCUGGCGGAGGACCCGGUUCUGGCGGCGCAGGCGGUGGCGACGGCGGCGGCAGAGAAGCAGCGGCAGACGCAGCAGCGCAACGCCACAUCGCAGCGGCUGCCGGCGCAGUGAGGCGCGUGGCUGUGAGGUGUGUGGUUUCGAGGCGUGUGGUUGUGUUGUGUGUGGCCUGUGGGCGAUGCCGCCCGGGGAGGGGGAGUGCGGUACCGUGGGGUGGCAGAUUGAGGGCGGGGGCAGGGCGCAAGGCGGAGGAGUGCAGCGAAUGGGCGCAGGUGCGCGGCUAGGUUGUGUGCACGUGGGGGCAGGCGAAACCCGACGCGUCCCGCGGGGUUGUUAGGUAGGCUGCGUUUUUCUGCGUUGCUGCUUGGCGUGCGAAGGGUUGCUGCUUGGCGCGAGCGCACACGCAUCUGACGCAACUCAGCUACACGAUGUAGUCAGGUGAAGGGCAGGCAGCCGGCAAGGCCUUACCAUGCGGGUGGCACGCAGCCAGGCACGCCGGCAUAAGUUGUGCUCGUCUUACCAGGGGGCAUUGUAAGCUGUAUGUGUGAUAAAUCAGGCAUUGUAGGACGUGAGAUCGCGGGCAAGCAGGGGGCUCACCCGCGGGCCGCGGCGAGGCCGCCGCCCCGACCGCUGGCGCUAGUGGAAAUGCGGAAUCCAUGUCGUGGGAAAUUGCGAUCGCCCGUGUAGCAGACUAUUGUCU